AUGAAUGAUGAGGCGGAGAAGAAUAGAGCUUCGGUGGACACGUCCCUUGUAGUUGAUGUAGAGUCCAUGGAGGCUGGCCAUACUCAGUCCGCUUCAGCAGCCAUGAUUUACAAAAUGGGCAACCUUUCCCAUUCAGUUGAUGUGAGGGCUUCUCGGGUUGAGUUUUUAUGGGGUGGUGUAGAUAUCGCUGAGAACCCCAGUUCUAAGAUGCCUACUAUUCCAGCUACUACUGGAGUUGCUACGGUUGAUGAGGAUGGGGAGUCCGACAUACCUGAGACGAAUGAGGAGGAGUUAGAGGCUUGUGAGGAUGUUGUGUACAAAGACCUGGAGGAUUUGGAGAGUGAAUUUCUAUGGGUGGCCACGAAGGCGUCAAUACACGACACGUUGAUAUUUAGGUAA